AUGGAAAGAACAUGGCUGAACAGAUCAAGAAUUAUCAAAGCAAGUAGCUCAAUUGCAAGAAUACUGGUGUCAACUUCUUACACGUAUUAUGAGGGUCACAUUGAUCAACUAACUUUAGUCAUACGCUAUAUGGGAGACACAUUACCAAAAGAAAGGUUCCUGACUUUCAUGGACAAUCGAGGUCACAAUGGUUCUGAUAUGGCCAAUGCCCAGUUUCAGUUUUUAGAGGGCCACAAUAUUGAUCUCAAAGAUUGCAGAGGAGCAGAUGCAACAAAGGCUCUAGUGCAUCGUUACAGAGAGAUGAGAGAGGCUCUUUAUGACAUAAUGACUGAUGAGGAAAACAAGGCUGUGACUCGGAAAAAAUUUAUAUGUAAUUUAUAUGAAAAAAAUGGCUGGAAUCAGACUGUCUGGAACAAAAGAGUAUAUACUGAAGUUCGCCAUUGUGUGAGGAACGUGUGUCUUAAUCCACUUGAUUAUGGUAAAGCAGAGAAUGCCCGGAUGAGUCCCAAGGUAAGGUUUCUUGCAAACAGUUUUCUUUCAGUUAUUGACCAAAUUGUCAAAUCUCUGAGUGACAGAAUAGCUGCUUAUGAUGUUGUAUGUGAGCGCUUUGGAGUCCUCGAUCGCCUAGAAGAUAUGGAUGCUGAUGAGAUCAGUUCAGCCGCAGCUAGUCUUGUGAGUUUUUACAAAGGUGACCUAGAGCCCAGUCUCAAAGAUGAACUCGUUCGUUUUAUUGAAUUGGUAAAACUCGAAAGAAAAGACAAUGGAAAAAUUCCAAAAGAACUCUACUUCUACAAAAUUCUCCUUGACAGUGGCUUUCGGGCAACUUUUCGUAAUGUUGAAAUCUUGUUGAGAAUCUUUUUAGUAUUCAUGGUGUCCAGUUGUAGUGGUGAAAGGUCAUUUUUCAAGAUGAAAAUAAUAAAAAACCGACUGAGAAUGUCAAUGGGCCAGAGUCGUCUUUCAUGGUUGGCUAUAAUGAGUAUUGAAAGUGAUAUUCUUCGGGAAAUAGAUUUUUAG